AUGCGAAACAACCGCAUCUACGAGAUCAGUGUCAAAUCAGGGAAGAGAGUUCUAUUCCGUUUCCGCGACUCGUGGAAUAUGUUAAGGGGUACGCUUGAUUCACUUUCAAAGAAUCUAUGCCCUGAACUCGGGCAUAAAGGGUUUGUUGAUCAUAAGAAAGUGACUCUCCAGAAUCUGGAAAGUAUGAGGGAGGAAUUGAUAGACUAUUUGAGGAAGGACGCCCUUCUCCUUGGCGGUGUGAUGCAAAAGGCGCAAAAGCGAAUUUGGGAUCAACUCGAGGUUGACAUAGAGAAAAAGCUUAGCCUUAGCGCAUUGGCGCUAUACCUCUUUCGUCAGAAGUUCUACGAACCAGAUAGAUGGCCCAUCUACAUCCCAACCCCCAAUGAGGACAGGUUUCUGAGAGAAGGUUACUACGGUGGUCAUGUGGAUACGUAUAUACCAGUAGGUGAGAAGCUACACUACUAUGAUGUAAACUCGCUUUAUCCUUUUGUAAUGAAGGAAAACAUCAUGCCCACUGGGCGGCCUGUCUGGCAUGGGGAUUUGCGUGAGCGGGACAUAGAUAGCCUCUUUGGCUUUAUCCGGGCAUAUGUGAUCUGCCCGAGGACGAAGAAUUGCAAAAGGCCCUUUAUCCCCUAUCGAAUGGAAGAUAGGACUCUGGUCUUCCCGACAGGGAAGUUUGUAGGGGUAUACUUUAGCGAGGAACUCAAGUAUGCCAAAAAAAUAGGCUACACUGUAGUCCCAAUGAGUGGAUACCUCUUUGAGAAGGGUGAGGGAAGCCCAUUUAAAGACUUUGUUAGAGCUCUCUCGGAGAAGAGGAAAGAGGCGAAGAAAGAAGGGAAUGUAGCGAUGGACUACGUCUACAAGAUACUAAUGAAUUCUCUCUACGGUCGAUUUGGUAUAAACCCUGAAAGCACUACUACCGAGAUCUGCGACGAUGCUCGCCUCAGGGUUUUGGUUCAAACGUGUGAGAAGUUCAUAUACAGUGAGCCCCUUAGACAAAAUCUAAACCUCGUUGCUUACAUUAAGAAUACAAACCCGACCUCGGGGGAAUGGCGCUACAAGAAGAACGCGGCGGUCCAGUUAUCGGCAGCAAUAACUGCUUACGCUAGGAUAUACCUUUAUCCCUAUAUCUCAAGAGAGGAUGCUUACUACACGGACACAGACUCCGUUGUGGUUAAGCAUCCUCUCCCAUGCGAUGUUGUUUCUCCUUUUGAGAUAGGGAAAUUGAAGCUAGAAGACGAAAUAGAGAAGGGUAUCUUUUUAGCGCCCAAAGUCUAUUGGUACCAACCAAAAAAGGAGUCAACCUGUCUAAACUUCUCUACAAAAGUCUUCCCCUCGCUGCUGGUCUUUAAACUUGCAACUGCUAUCUAA